GAAGCCAGGAAGAUCAUAAAAACUGAAAUUUUAAAAUUAUUGUUAUUAUAUAUUUUUCAUUUGUGAAUAGCCAUAUAGUAUGUUAUUUAUAAAUACAUGAAACCUCAUACACGAGGUUAAAUGCAAAUACCCUCCGGGGUGGGCUCAGCUCAGGGAGGAAGCCCUGCCUGAAAAGGCUGCAGCUUAGGCUGUCACUCUUUCUUCAUUCAGUCCAGUAUUUGGUCAGGUCUUCUGUCACUUAAGGCCUGAAGGGGCCGGGCCUUAGAUGUUUUCCAAUCAGGGACGCUGAGCUGGGGACUGUCCAAUCAGGCACGCAGCUGGAGCGGACAGGGCGGCUUCCGGGAUUUGGCGGGGCCUUUGUCUCUCGCUGCAGCUGGAGCUCCUGGUCUCUUCUUCCCUGCUCUGUGUCCCCUGUUCCUAGAGGCCCAGCCUCUGUGGCCCUGUGACCUGCAAGUAUUGGGAGAUCCACAGCUAAGACGCCAGGGCCCCCCUGGAAGCCUAGAAAUGGGACCAUUGACAUUUAUGGAUGUGGCCAUAGAAUUCUCUCUGGAGGAGUGGCAAUGCCUGGACACUGCACAGCAGAAUUUAUAUAGGAACGUGAUGUUAGAGAACUACAGAAACCUGGUCUUCCUGGGUAUUGCUGUCUCUAAGCCAGACCUGAUCACCUGUCUGGAGCAAGGCAAAGAGCCCUGGAAUAUGGAGAGACAUGAGAUGGUGGCCAAACCCCCAGGUAUGUGUUGUUAUUUUGCCCAAGACCUUUGGCCAGAGCAGAGCAUAAAAGCUUCUUUCCAAAGAAUAAUACUGAGAAAAUAUGAAAAAUGUGGACAUCACAAUUUACAGUUAAAAAAAGGCUAUAAAAGUGUGGAUGAAUAUAAGGUGCACAAAGGAAGUUAUAAUGGAUUUAACCAGUGUUUGACAACUACCCAGAGCAAAAUAUUUCAAUGUGAUAAAUAUGUGAAAAACUUUCAUAAAUUUUCAAAUUCAAAUAGACAUAAGACUGAAAAGAAUCCUUUUAAAUGUAAAGAAUGUGGCAAGUCAUUUUGUGUUCUUUCACACCUAACUCAACAUAAAAGAAUUCACACUACUGUCAAUUCCUACAAACUUGAAGAAUGUGGCAAGGCCUUUAAUGUGUCCUCAACCCUUUCUCAACAUAAGAGAAUUCAUACAGGACAGAAACACUACAAAUGUGAAGAAUGUGGCAUAGCCUUUAACAAGUCCUCACACCUUAACACACAUAAGGUAAUUCAUACUGGAGAGAAAUCCUACAAAUGUGAAGAAUGUGGAAAAGCUUUUAACAUAUCCUCACACCUUACUACACAUAAGAUAAUUCAUACUGGAGAGAAUGCCUACAAAUGUAAAGAAUGUGGCAAAGCUUUUAACCAAUCGUCAACCCUUACUAGACAUAAGAUAAUUCAUGCUGGAGAGAAGCCCUACAUAUGUGAACAUUGUGGCAGAGCUUUUAACCAAUCCUCGAACCUUACUAAACAUAAGAGAAUUCAUACUGGUGAUAAACCUUAUAAAUGUGAAGAAUGUGGCAAAGCCUUUAAUGUGUCCUCAACCCUUACUCAACAUAAGAGAAUUCAUACUGGAGAGAAACCUUACAAAUGUGAAGAGUGUGGCAAAGCCUUUAACGUGUCCUCAACUCUUACUCAACAUAAGAGAAUUCAUACUGGAGAAAAACCAUACAAAUGUGAAGAAUGUGGCAAAGCCUUUAACACAUCCUCACACCUUACCACACAUAAGAGAAUUCAUACCGGAGAGAAACCCUACAAAUGUGAAGAAUGUGGCAAAGCCUUUAACCAGUUCUCACAGCUUACUACACAUAAGAUAAUUCAUACUGGAGAGAAACCCUACAAAUGUAAAGAAUGUGGCAAAGCUUUUAAGCGGUCCUCAAACCUUACUGAACAUAGGAUAAUUCAUACUGGAGAGAAACCCUACAAAUGUGAAGAAUGCGGCAAAGCUUUUAACCUAUCCUCACACCUUACAACACAUAAGAAAAUUCAUACUGGAGAGAAACCCUACAAAUGUAAAGAAUGUGGCAAAGCUUUUAACCAAUCCUCGACACUUGCUAGACAUAAGAUAAUUCAUGCUGGAGAGAAACCCUACAAAUGUGAAGAAUGUGGCAAAGCUUUUUACCAAUACUCAAACCUUACUCAACAUAAGAUAAUUCAUACUGGAGAGAAACCCUACAAAUGUGAAGAAUGUGGCAAAGCCUUUAACUGGUCCUCAACUCUCACUAAACAUAAGGUAAUUCAUACUGGAGAGAAACCCUACAAAUGUAAAGAAUGUGGCAAAGCUUUUAACCAAUGCUCAAACCUUACUACACACAAGAAAAUUCAUGCUGUAGAAAAAUCUGACAAGUAAGAAGAAUGGACCAGGCGCGGUGGCUCACACCUGUAAUCCCAGCACUUUGGGAGGCCAAGGCGGGUGGAUCACAAGAUCAAGAGAUUGAGACCAUCCUGGCCAACGAAGAGAAUUACUGGAGAGAAACCGUACAAACCUGAAAGAUAUAACAAUGCAGUUGACAACACCUCAACAUUUCUAAACACCUUUAAAUGGUUGUCACACUUGAUUGUAGGUAAAAUAUACUAGAGGAAACCUCUACAAGUGUGAAGAAUGUGGCAAAACUUUUAACCCAUGCUGACACUUUAUUGGACAGGAAAUGAUGUAUACUUGAGAAAAAUUAUGCAAAUGUAAAGAAUGUGAAGAAGCCAUUAAUAUCUGUUCACAUCUUAUUCAAUAUCAGAGAUUUCAUACUUAAUAGAAGCAUUAAAAAUGAAAUUACUGUCAAUAGAUUUUUCAGAAAAUAUAAGCCUUUAAAGUGAAGAAGAGUAUUUAUUUUGAAGACAAGCAUUAAAAUAUCAAGAGUGUAAGCUGGGCAUGGUGGCUCACGCCUGUAAUUUCAGCACUUUGGAGGCCAAGGCGGGUGGUUCACUUGAGGUCAGAAGUUCAAGACCAGCCUGGCCAACAUGGUGAAACUCCGUCUCUACCCAAAAUACAAAAAUUAGGUGGGUGUGGUGGUGCAUGGCUAAUCCAGCUAUUCGGUGGUUAAGACAGGAGAAUCGCUUGAACCUGGGAGGCAGAGGUUGCAGUGAGCUGAGUUUGUGCCACUGCACUCCAGCCUGGACACUCCAGCUGCACUCCAUCUCAAAAAAAACAAAAAACAAAAAAACUAAUAUGAAGAGUGUUGUGGUACCAUUACUUGUAUUACAGAUCUUAUUUUACACAUUUUAUACUAGAGGAAAACCCUGAAGUAGUUGCUCCACCUUUCUUCAACAUCAGAUAAUUUAUCUUGAAGAAAAUCGCUGCAAAGGUAAUAAAUUUGGAAAAACAGUUUUUUUUACAAACUACAGCCUAGGAAACACCAGAGAGUUCAUACUAAAAUAUAUUUUUGCAGAUGCAGUAAUAUAAAAAAUUAGUUAUUUGAAAAAAUUAAGUCUGUAAAUAUCAAUUCAGAGUAGAUAUAUCUAGGGAACUGACACUUCAGACAGUACACUAAAUCAGAGGGCUGAGUUUAGAAAAUAAUUCAAAACUGAAGUUUGUACAUAAAUAUUUUGUAUAUAACUUUAAAAAGUGUAUAAGAUAUUUUGGAGAGUUAUUACAUUCAAAGUACAGUUUUUUUUGUUUGGUUUGGUUUUUUUUUUUGAGAUGGAGUCUUGCUCCCAUCAUGCAGGAUGGAGUGCAGUGGUGCUAUCUCGGCUCACUGCAACCUCCACCUCCACGUCCCAGGUUCAGGUGAUUCUCCUGCCUCAGCCUCCUGAGUAGCUGGGAUUACAGGCACGCACCACCAUGCCUUGCUAAUUUUUAGUAUUUUUAGUAGAGACAGGGUUUCACCAUGUUGGCCAGGCUUUACUUUUUUUUUUUAGACAAAGUCUUGCUCUGUCACCCAGGUUGGAGUGCAGCCUCCGCCUCCCAGUUCAAGUGAUUCUCCUGCUUCAGCCUCCCAAGUAGCUGGGAUGACAGGCAGGAACUAACACGCCUGGCUAAUUUUUGUAUUUUUAGUAGAGAUGGGGUCUUGGCCGUUGGGCAGGUUGAACCCCUGACCUCAGGUGAUCCACCUGCCUCAGCCUCCCAAAGUGCUGGCAUGAGCCACUGUGUCCACCAAAGUAUACUUUUUUCUUGAGAAAAUUUUAUAGACUUUUUAAAUAUGUGAAUAAUGAUGUAAUUCAACUCUCAAAUUCAUGCUGUUUCUUUAUUCCUAUUGUAUUCACAUGUGAAGGUAUGUGAUGAAUUGUUCCUGCAUGAAAGAUAUGAGAGAUUCUUUUUUAUUAGGUGGGCGUUAUAUAUUAUCUCUUCUAUGAAAGAGUAAAGACAUUAAAAUGUAAGAUGUAUGAUGAAAAUCUAAGUAGGGAUGCUCUUUGUGGUUAACUUAUAAUAUUGAGCAAUGCAUGAAGUAGGUGUUCAGUUUAAUACUCUACACUAUGAGAGAAAAAUAUUUUUAAUUUUAGUUAAAAUUUAAUUAAUAGUGUAUUAUUUUACUAAUUGUACUUUUAUGUGAUACAAUCCAGUACAUUUUAAAACUUUGAAAUUAUGUGUAGACUUAACUUUUUAAUUUAACAUUUUUAACAUGUUAAAUAGUAUUGUGCAUUCAGUGAAGCAUUAUUUUGCCACUAACCUUAACCCAUUCCACCUUACUCAAGAGUGUAGGUAAAAGAUGGUAACAAUAUAUUAUUUGUUAACAUAAUAAAGUAGUAUUUGUAGUAAUCUUUUUUGCUAGUGGCUUUAAACUGCAAAGAAGUUAAAGAAUGUUGUUCCUGUAUGUUAAGUUUUUAUUUUUUCUUUCUCAUUUAAAUUUACUUAAUAUUUUUGGGUACAUAGUAUGUGUAUAUAUUUAAAUCACAUAUGGCAUAUUUUGAUACAUACAUACAAUAUAUAAUAAUCACCUCAUGGUAAAUUAGGUAUCUAUCACUUCUAGCAUUUAUCCUUUGUAUUACAGAAAAUUUAAUUUUACACUUUUUGUUACUUUAAAAUGUACAACUAAACUGUUACCGACUGCCUUACCUCUAGCAUUUAUCCUUUGUAUUACAGAAAAUUUAAUUUUACACUUUUUGUUAGUUUAAAAUGUACAACUAAACUGUUACUGAUGGCCGGACACCGUGGUUCAUGCCUGUAAUCCUAGCACUUUGGGAGGCCGAGGCAGGUGGAUCACCUGAGUUCAGGAGUUCAAGACCAGCAUUGCCAACAUGUUGAAACCCUGUCUGUACUAUAAAUAGAAAAGUUAGCCAGGCAUGGUGGUGAGUGCCUGUAAUCCCAGUUACUCAGGAGUCUGAGGCAGGAGAAUCGCUUGAACUUUGGAGGUGGAGGUUGUGGUGAGCUGAGAUCGUGCCACUGCACUCCAGCCUGGGUGGCAGAGCAAGACUGUGUCUCAAAAUGAAUAAAUAAAUAGACAUUGACUACAGGGUAAUUUCUAUGAUUAUAUUAUUUAGAAGUAUGAAUAAAAUGCAUACAUUUGUGAGACUUGAAUACAUAUUUUAAUAAAUUUCUUACAUAUUUUUAUUUGAACAUGUGGCCUCUCUGCCUGCAAACACAAAGACUUUUAAUUUUGAUUUACAUAAAGUUAAAAAUAUGCAUGUAUUACUCUAAAGAUAAACCUUAGGAAAGAAAAUUAUGGAGUGAGUGUGUUUGUAUGAGCAUGAGUUUGUACCUAUUUUCAGAAGAAUAGAGCAAUAUCAGAACAAAUCAUUUUAAUAAGGUGAUUAAUUUGCUAGAUAGUAAAAACCUCAAAAAUGCUGAAAGCAAAUUUAUGCUCUCAGCUUUGUAUUAAAUUCAUUACUGUAAAAACUUAUGGCUUAUUGUUCAGAAUCUCGCCAUACAAACUCUUUGCCUGGCACUCAUGCCAAACCUAUAAUUUUCUUGUUAUAAUUUUUUGUUUUAUAGUGUAUGAAGUAUCCAUUACAUGAGCUGGUCGUGAUUAUAAGAAUUUUUUGUAAAAUUCAGUAGUGCACAUAAUUUUUGGAAGUAAUUCCAUAACUAAUGUAUUGUUAUAUUUUAUUUAGAACAUUCCAUUUUGUUCUUUUAGUUGCAGAUGCCUGUAUAAGCCUACUUUUCUUUAGUUAUUGUCCUUUUUAUAGAUGACAUAAGUGAAUUUACUUAUUUAUUGAGUCUUUUUUUUAGGUAAGUUCUAGGGAAGUUUCAUAAGUCAUGAGAAUGUUUUUAUAUAUAAAUGUAUCAAAGAAACAUGACAGUGAGGCCAGAUACGGUGGCUCAUGCUUGUAAUCCCUGCACUUUGGGAGGCCAAGGUGGGCAGAUCACCUGAGGCCAGGAGUUCAAGACCAGCCUGGCAAACAUGGCACAACCCCAUCUCUACUAAAAAUACAAAAAUUAGCUGUGUGUGGUGACACGCGCCUGAAAUCUCAGCUAUUCGGGAGGCUGCGGCAGGAGAAUCGCUUAAUCCCAGGAGGUGGAGGUUGCAGUGAGCUGAGAUCGCGCCACCGCAUUCCAGCCUGGGUGGCAAAGCGAGACUCCUCAAAAAAAAAAAAAAAAAAAAAAAGACACUGCUUGCUGCGUAACUGAUGCUCCAUAAUAAGCCAUAAAUAUUUCUGCUGGGGUUAGUUGUAACUUCAAAUCAGCCGUUUUUGGUCUUUUUUUUGGUUCCUGCUGCAUUGGAGUAUGUGUCUGUUUUUCUUCAAUUACCAUACUAUUUUAGCUAAUAUAGCUUUUUUAGUAUAUUUCAAAGUCAGGUAGGGUGAUAUCUUCACCCUUUUUUAUUUUGUUUUUUCUUUUUUUGUUUUAAGACGAAGUCUCGCACAUUCUCCCAGGCUGGAGUGCAGUGGCACAAUCUCGGCUCACUGCAAGCUCCGCCUCCCGGGUUCACGCCAUUGUCCUGCCUCAGCCUCCUGAGUAGCUGGGACUACAGGCGCCCGACACCACGCCCAGAUAAAUUUUUGUAUUUUUAGUAGAGACGGGGUUUCACCGUGUUAGUCGGGAUGGUUUCAAUCUCCUGACCUCGUGAUCCACCCGCCUUUUCCUCCCAAAGCACACUUUUUUUUUUUCUUUAUUGCUUUGGCUACUUUGGGUCUUCUGUGGUACAAUAUAAAUUUUAGAUAUAUGUUUUAAAAUUUAUACCAGUGUGUCACUGGUAUUUUCAUAGAGGUUGCAUUAUGUCUGUAGAUAAUUUUGUGUAAUACAGAUAUUUAACAAUAAUAAUGCUAAUUCAUUUAUAGGUAAUAUUUUUCCGUUUGUGUAUUAUUUAAUUUUGUACUUCAGUAUUGUUUAGAUUAUAAUGCACAGGUUUUUCCACUUUUUGGUUAAAUUUAUUUCAAAGUAUAAUUACUACAGUUAUUGUAGAUUCAAUUUUCUUUUUUUUUUUUUUUUUUGAGAUGGAGUCUUUCUGCUGCUCAAGUUGGAGUGCAGUGGCACAAUUGCACUCUGCCUCAGCCUCCUAAGUAGCUGGGACUACAGGCACGUGCCACCACAUCUGGCUAAUUUUUGUAUUUUUAGUAGAGACUAGGUUUCACCAUGUUGGUCAGGCUGGUCUCAAACUCCUGACCGCAUUAUCCACCUGUGAAAUUUUGCUAAAUUUCUGAAUUAGAGAAAGAAAACUUUUUUUCUAGUAAAAUCAUAAACGUCUUAUGGCCAUAUCCCAAAAAUGACGAAGCAGAGAAUGUAGGUUAUUUAAGACCGUGCUGCGGGCCGGGCACCGUGGCUCACACCUGUAAUCCCAGCACUUUGGGAGGCUGAGGCGGGCUGAUCAUGAGGUCAGGAGUUUGAGACCAGCCUGACCAACAUGGUGAAACCUCAUCUCUACUAAAAAUAGAAAAACUAGCAGCCUGUGGUGGCACGUGCCUGUAAUCCAGCUACUCAGGAGGUUGAGGCAGAAGAAUCACUUGAACCCAGGAGGCAGAGGUUGCAGUGAGCUGAGAUCAUGCCCGUUGCACUCCAGUCUGGUCGACAGAGCAAGAUUCUGUCUCAAAAAAAAAAAGCUGCUGCAAAUGCUCAUUCCAUCACAACCAUGCUAGUGAAAAAAGAAAUAAUGGGUUAGAAGGUAAUUUUAGAGUAUAUCUCUUACUCUUUUGCCCUGUAAAAUUUUUGUAUUUAUUACUUGCCAUAUAGAAGUCUGUACUUCAACAAAAGAUGCCAUUAAUUUCAAGUAAAUACGCUCCCACAUAUAUUCUCCCUAGAAAGGUACUGGUGUAUUUCCAGUCAAGUUGUAGCAUUUCUGGCCUUUUUUGUGCUGCUGUGUUUGUGUGAAAUAAGGCAGGAAGUAAAGCGGAGUCAACCAUGACAUUUCUUGUUCCUAAAGCCACAGCCUCUAAAAUUUAAUGUUACGUCAACUAGAAAUAAUGACAGUAUUUAAGAACUAAAAGAAAAUUCUUUGUAUUUUUUACAGUUUAUAAAAAUUUAUUUUUGAAUUAUAAGUUAAACAACUUAAACAUGCAGAUACCUAAAAGUGUCAUCUAGGUGAUAGUAUUAAUAUUUUAAUAGCUUAUAGUUGUGAGUCACAAUUGCCCCAUUGGGUUUACUGAAAAGCAGUUAUUUAUCUUGUAUGUGUGAAUGGAGAAUAGGCUUUUUAUAAUCCUAAGCAUACAGAUCUUUUAAGAUUAGCGCUAUGUUUAGAUCUGAAUAAAAUUUAUAGGCUUAUAAUAACAGAAAUUUUAAUACUUUUUUCUAAUAGAAGUGAAAAACAGUAGAAGUCAUUUAUUAAAAUGAGUUUAAAAGAAACUUCACAUGUAUUUAUUAAAUAACAUUUAAACCACAUUGUAAGUUACUGAUCAGUAAUUUCAAUCUAUUUUAUUUUAGUAACUGAAAAAGCAUAACAUUCUUUAAUUAUUCAAUAAGAAACAGUAUUCUUAUUAGUGUUUCUGAAAGCAACUGUAGACCACUCAGUGGAUGACAAGUUUCAUGCAGACAACAAGUUUUCUAUAUAAUAAUAGGCUCAUUUUAACUUUAAAUAUAAACACUCAUUAUUUCAAAAGUAAAAUUAAUGGUUCUUUUAAGUCAUAAGAGGAAUAAUGUUAUAAUUCACUUACUGAAGUGUUUGUCUCAGACUUUGUAAUGAAUACUUUAAACCAAAAAUUAAGUUCUACAUACUAUCUAUGGAUAAAAAGAAGUGGUUUGUAAAUUUAUCUUUAUUUUUACUAAAUUAAAAAAUUUAAAGCCAAAAUGUUAGGUCAGGAUUUAAAACAAGCAUUGGGUGACAGGGUGUUGGGCGUAAUGGUUAGAUUGAAACUCGGUAUCAGCUGGUUACUGAUUGCAUCCCCAACUUUAGGGUUUUGGUAAAAUUAAAGCAAUUAAUGCAAAUAAAGGUGCCCGAAGAGCACCCAGCAUACAGCUCUCAUUUGUUGAUUCUGUUAGAUCAUGAUCAAUGUGAAGCCUAAAAACAAGGUGGCCACAUCAGUGGUUUGUAACCCAUGUUUAUUCUAGUCAGUCAGUCUGGGGCUAUAUAUAAUAGUAGUUGAAUGUUUAUAAUACUACCCUUGGAAAAUUCCCAUAUAUUCACACCCAGCAUGGAUAUAAAUAUGGAAAGAUUUCUCAUUGAGUAAUUCUCUUCAGCACUCCAGUAACACUAGACAAAUAAGCACCUAAAUGCCGAGUGUUUGUCAGUUUUAAAAUUAGAAAAGAAGGCAAGUUGUUUUCUUGUCUACCUGUUUAAUAAAUUUUUUAUUGCCAAGUAUAUAUGUUCAUUUGAUUUAAUACUUUGAAAUGUAGUUUAAAAUAUAUAUUCAAAUAACUUUAACAAGUGAAGGAAUAGUUUAUUUACAAAUGUAGAAAUAAUGGUACUCUAAGCAGUUACUUUAGAGUCUUUUAUAGUAUUGUAUUUUGAACAUUAAAAAUAAACAUUUUAUUCCUGAGUGUUGGGUUUAGACUAUUCAUUAUAUUAAAAGUUUACUUACGGCCAGGCACGGUGGCUCACGCCUGUAAUCCCAGCACUUUGGGAGGCCGAGGUGGGUGGAUCACCUCAGGUCAGGAGCUCAAGAACAGCCUGGCCAACAUGGUGAAACCCAGUCUCUACUAAAAUUACAAAAAUUAGCCGGGCAUGAUGGUGGGCACCUGUAAUCGCAGCUACUCGGGAGGCUGAGGCAGGAGAAUCGCUUGAACCUGGGAGGCGGAGGCUGCAGUGAGAGACCAUGCCACUGAACUCCAGCCUGGGUGACAGUGAGACUCCAUCUCAAAAAAAAAAAAAAAAAAAAAAAGAGUUUACUUACAUCAUUAAAGGAGCAAGCCAUUUGAAAUAUAUAUAUAUGCAAAAUAUAUGUAUGUUUUCUAAGAUUUUAAAAUGAACACUUUUCUCAUCAAAUUUCUUAAAGUUUAUUUCUCUUUAAAGUAUGAAUACUAUUUUUGAUUGGCAAAUCAAAGUUGAAUGAAUUUAUGGGGUAAAAUGUGACGUUUGAAUAUAUGUAUGUAAUAUGGAAUGAUUGAGUUGAGUUAAAUAACAUCUAUCAACUCGCUUACCUAUCAUUCUUUGUGGUAAGACAUUUGAAAUGUACUCUUAGUCAUUUUAAAAUACAAUUACAUUGUGGUUUACUAUAGUCACGCUGCUGUGAAAUAGAUCUCAAAAGCUACUUACCUUGUCUAUUUGAAACUUUGUACCCUUCAAUCAAAAACUCUAAUUUCUUCCCACCACAUCAAGCCUCUGGUAACCAUUAUUUCACUUUCUAUUUUUUUUUUUGAGUUAAACUUUAUUAGAUUCUACAUAUAAAUGAGAUUAUGCAGUAUUUGUCUUUCUGUGUCAGGCUUAUUCCAUCUAGCAUAAUGUCUUCAAAUGCAUAUUUCAAACGACGGGAUUUACCCCUUUUUAAGGCUGAAUAGUACUCCAUUGUGUAUCUAUACCACAUUUUAAGAAAUAAUUUAAAUAUAUAUUUAUUGGUUGAAAGACGUGUGUUAUAAAAAUAGUUCUGUGUUGCUGGGCGCAGUGGCUCACGCCUGUAAUCCCAGCACUUUGGGAGGCCGAGGUGGGUGGAUCACCUGAGAUCAGGAGGAUGAGACCAGCCUGGCCAACAUGGUGUAACCCUGUCUCUACUAAAAACCCAAAAGUUAGCCGGGCGUGGUGGCACGCACCUGUAAUCCCAGCUACCCAGGAGGCUGAGGCAGGAGAAUCGCUUGAACUCAGGAGGCGGACGUUGCAGUGAGCCGAGAUCCCACCACUGCACUCCAGCCUGGGCAACAGGGUGAGACUCUGUCUCAAAAAAAAAAAAACAAAAAAAAAACAAAGGACAACAAACAAACCCUUCAAACAGAAAAGAAAUAAUUGUUUUAAUACUCAUUUAUAAUACAAAUUAACAAAAAUGGAAUAAUUGGAUACAUUUUCAUUGUUAUAUGUGUGUGUGUGAAUCUAUAAAAUGGUACAUGAAGAAAUUAAGCCAGAAAAAAGAUAUUUGUAAUGAAUUAAAUUGGAAAGUAGUUAAUUAUUAUUUGCAGAUAUUUUUGUUUACUUAGAUAACAAAAGCAACUGAAAGAAUUUGAAAAGUCUAUUCAGGUCCGGGUGCGGUGGCUCACACCUGUAAUCCCAGCAGUUUGGGAGGCCGAGGCCGGUGGAUCACCUGAGGUCAGGAGUUCGAGACCAGCCUGGCCAACGUGGCAAAACCUUGUCUCUAAUAAAAAUACAAAAAUUAGCCGGGUGUGGUGGUGGGCGCCUGUAAUCCCAGCUACUCAGGAGGCUGACACAGGAGAAUCGCUUGAACCGGAGAGGUGGAGGUUGCAGUGAACCAAACUCACACCAUUGCACUCCAGCCUGGGCGACAAGAGUGAAACUCCAUCUCAAAAAAAAGAAAAGUCUAUUCAGGUGGAUAAGCAAAAUUCGAAGAUGAUCCCCAGGAUUCCCAGCUGUUGCACACCUGCAGUGUUAUCUUUUUAGUGUAAAAAAGUGUGUGACUGCCUGGGCGCGGUGGCUCAGGCCUGUAAUCCCAACACUGGGAGGCAGAGACAGGUGGAUCACCUGAGGUCAGGAGUUCGAGACCAGCCUGGCCAACAUGGCGAAACCCCAUCUCUACUGAAAAUACAAAAUUAGCCAAGCAUGGUGAAGGGCGCCUGUAAUCCCAGCUACUCUGGAGGCUGAGGCAGGAGAAUCACUUGAAUCUGUGAGACGAAGGUUGCAGUGAGCCGAGAUCAUGCCACUGCACUCCAGCCUGGACCACAGAGUGAGACUCCAUCUCAAAAAAAAAAAAAAAAAAAGUGAUUUACUGUGGUAGGAAAUUAAUUACUCAUGAAAUUAGGGUAUUAAUGUGUUGACUUUGUGUUUAUCAAAAGGGAGAUUAUCCUGACUGGGCUAAACUUAAUUAGAGAUGCUUUUAAGAGAAAAAGACACAUCAUAGAAAAACACCCCUGCUGGCCUGGAAGUAAGUGACUUCUAGAUGGGUCAUGUUGUAAGCUUCUUAUGCUGGUCCCCUGGCAGGAAAUAUAUUUGUAUAUUGUCAUAAUUCCUGCCUCUCACAUGUUGCUUCCAGUAGGGAGGGCAGGAGGAUCCCAAGGAAGAGGAAAAAAAGGGGGUCUCAUUCAUGUAAUAAUCACCUCUCAUCUGGGAUAGCUUAAGAUAAACAGAGGAGACCACAACAUGACCACAUCAAUGAGAGAAAAAAGGAAACGUGGUUGAAAGAGUUCACUGGGAUUAUGGAGCAAUAUUUACUAAGUUGUAGUGAAUGAUCAGCUCCUGAGAUACCAAUACACCACGAAGGCUGAACUCAUUCUGAUUAAAUGAGCAUGUCUGCGUAAUUCUGGUGACCCAGUUUUAUACUAUCCAUUACAGAAAUACCAUGGAGACCAGUGGGUACCCUCCUAAAAUUGAACUUAUCGUGAAAAGCAUACCUGAUUCUUUAACAAUUGAAAAACUUUGAAGAAAAUAAUUUUAUUGAUUGAUUUAUUUUAUGUAUUUUGAGAC